CACACACACACACACACAAUGGCACAGUUCGCAAAGACGUCGUUCGACGCAGCAGGCUACCUCGCCUCGCGGCCAACCUACCCAGCCCGGGCAUACGACCUAAUUCUGUCCUACCACCGACAGCGGGGCGGGCGUACCUCGCACGCGCUCGACCUGGGCUGCGGGCCAGGCUUCAUGGCGCUCAACCUCGCGCCGCACUUCGAGUCCGUCACUGGCCUCGACCCGUCGUCCAAGAUGGUCGCGGUCGGGGUGCAGCCGCCUUCCGGCCCGAAGAUCCGCUACGGCGUCGGCACGUCCGAGGACCUCGGUGCGGCGGGCAUCGCGCCGGCCAGCGUGGACCUCGUCGUCGCGGGCCAGGCGGCACACUGGUUCGACCACGCCAAGACGUGGCCGCAGCUGGCGCGCGCGCUCCGCCCCGGCGGCAGCGUGGCGUACAUCGGGUACGGCGAGCUCACGUUCCCCAAGUACCCCCACCUCAAUGCCCUCGUCACGCGGUACCACCACGACGGGGCCGGAAUCGGGCCGCACUGGUCCCAGCCUGGACGGAGCAUCGUCGAGGGCCUGCUGGACCGCGUGCCGUUCCCCGUCACGCCGGACUUUGACGCCUCGCUCCUGUCGGCCCUGCCAGACAUCGAGCACGACGAGCCGGGCGUGCAUCCUGUUGCCGACGUGAUUGCCGAGCCGGAGGCUACGCCCACGCCCACCGCGAGCAAUGGUGGAUUCGAGUGGGACCCUACGACGGCGGUGCGCCUCAAGGCUGGCUCUGAAGGCCCGUGGUUCAUCCACCGCCAGUGGACCGCCAAGGACUUCGAGGCAUACCUCCGCACGUCUUCGGCUGUCGCCGGCUACCAGGAGGCACACCCCGACGACAAGGCGAAGCGGAGGAGCACGGGCGGUGACGGCGACAUUGUCGACCUGUUUGUUGACGAGGUGCGCGACGCGCUCAAGAAGGAGGGCGUCGACUUUGACAAGGAGCCCGUCCACUGCGCGUACCCCCUCGUCCUCGUCCUCAUCAAGAAGAAGCAGCAGUAG